AUGGCCUCCUUCACCCCUCUCGUGGUCGUUCUGGCCCUCGUGGCUUUGUCGGCUGCUCAGGUCACCACGCGGGCUCCCGUUGUCACCACUACCACCACCACACGUGCUCCCGUGGUGACUACCAACAAUGAUCGCGGUGAUGAUGACUUGGACGACUUUGACAACUUUCAGCUGGCACCAUUCCAGGAUGAUGUGAACGCCAACGGCAAGGGGUUCAAGCUCAAGGCACGCAAUAGUGGCUACACGCUGGCGGCUGGCUUUUCAAGCGGCUUUCGCCUCGAGAGCGUCGCUGGUCGGUGCCGGUGCCAAGUUGCAGUCGAGUGCACCGAUGAGGACAACUUGACCUGCCUUCGGGCCAUUCCCUGUGAGUCUGACGACAACUCGUGCGUCAAGUUUAAAAAGUGUGACGAGGAUGACGACAACGAUAAUGAUGCCAAGUUUAAGUUUUUCGCCGUGUGUAACGGACGUGGCGGCAGCGAGCUCAAGAAGAAGGACAAAAAGCGUAUUUACAAGGCACUGUCCAAGGUUAUUCGCAAAUGUGACCGCAUUGACGAGCCUUGCCGUAUUGCGGCGGGCGACCGCAAGGACCUCAACUUUGACGAUUCAGAUCCCGAUGACACGGGUCUCGAGGCCUACUCCGUCAAGGUCAAGGUAGUGUCGCGCUCGGACAAGAAGGAUCUCAAGCGGUGCUUUGAUGAAGUGGACCCAGACGUCUUGGAAAAGAAAAGCUGCUCCAUUCGUUUGUCUCCCGAGCUCUUGCCGGGCCACCUCGACAACCUCGACCUCGACAACCUCGACCUCGACAACCUCGACCUCGACAACGAGCACAACGACCACCUCAACGACUUCAACCUCAACAACCUCAACUACCUCAACCUCGACAACCACCACCUCGACGACAACAACGACCACGACUUCGACCACCACAACUUCUACCACCACGACUUCUACCACGACCACCACCUCGACCACCACCACAUCAACGACAACAACUACAAUGAUGCCCGGCUGGUACCUGGCGAUGCCGUUGCAAUCGUGUUCCGAUGUGUGCGGGACGGUGCUGAGCUGACAUUUGUGUACCAAAGCCAGCUCGGCGCGCCGUUUGGGAUCUGUGACGAUGUGCUCGGUUAUUCGGCCAUUUUCAGCCCCUUUGUGACGCCAGAGACAAACGAACUGAUCUGUUACUAUUCCGAGGAGACCCAGGAGCCAGAUUGCGAUGCCACCUUUGGCGAUGACGACGAGAAUGUCCACCGCAUCUGCUGCUGCGCUGCCGACCCGUCUGCCUGCCCCCUCAGCGCCGAUGACGUUGAGGAUGAUGGCGACAAUGGCAGCGACAAUGGCAGCGAUGAUGGCAACGAUGAUGGCAACGAUGAUGGCGACGAUGAUGGCGACGAUGACGGCGAAAACUAG